AUGUUACCAAGUAUUAGCUACAACGAGUCGCCCCAUUCAAUUUAUCUACUUACCACAUACAAACAACAACCACCACGUAUACAGAUAUUCAGCAGCGUCUUGGUCUGUUACCUUACGUGGCUACCGAGCAUUUCAGGGGUGGAAAACAUCACACGCGGAGUAGCGAGGCACCUGAGAUCGAUUGGAUUCCCCGAGGGCAGUGGUAUGGGGAUAUUCUUCGCGCUUGGAGUGCCCAUUGAUAUUCCCAAUAAAUCGGUGCUAUUUUCCCUGUACUUCGAGGCGAAUUACGGUCUGCCCGGUGAAUGGAAUUCCAGUUAUUACUUGGAGGAGCCGUAUAUCAAGAAACGUGGUCUGGAUCGACGACUGGCGUACGAUAUUCUCACAAACAAAUUAGAAAGCUUCGGAUAUUCCGGGAAGGGUUGCCUAUUAAAAAUGAUCUGCGAAACAGCGAACGAUCCUUUGACCAGGAACGGUGUAGUUGGCGAUGUUCUGCAAAUUUUAUUCACACCAUCUUCCUCGCAGGAUGAAAAUCUUCCAAGCGAAAUCAUCGCAGCCGAGUACACGAAAAACUGCUACAACUACAAUAAGGAAUGCCCUCAAAGUCCACUAGCCUUGAUACGUCACUACGAACUUGACAGUAAUAGUUGAAACAAAAAGGGUUCUCGGACUCUUCAAUCGCAA